AUGGACCAGCAGUCCAAAAACGACUCGUCGGGGCCCGCGGCUGUGGCUGUUGCGGCCGCGGCCGCUGCUGCCGCCGCCGCUGCCGCCGGUCGCUCCGUGGGGUCUGUGAGCCAGCACGCCGACUUUACGGCCGCCGCCGCCGUCAUGCUGUCGCUGCAGAACACCAUGGUUACGAGUCUUCAGCAGGCCGCGCUCAUGCCGGCUAACUCGGCGGCAGCCGCCGCGCUCAAUCUACAGGCUCUGGAGUCCUACCUAACGCUGCAGCGAAUCACCAGCAAGUCGGAGGUGCUGCGCCUGGGGACGGCGUCCCAAUCUCGCGCGGGUCAGUCCCUACCGUCGAUGCCCAUCACAGGCCCCGGAGCUCACUCGACAUCGUCCAGCUGCUCCGGGAGUAUGCAGCUCGGGGGCAACUCCAGCGAUUCCACCGCGAUGGAGGACGACAUGUUCAUGGACACCUCGGGACCGCCCAUGCUGCUCCAGAGCAACGAUCUCGCCGACGAGCUGCCCAUCCUGGACCAGGACGAGGAUCUCAACUUCGACGACGGCCCGAACGGGGAUGCGCACUCCGACGGCAACUCGCUCGACCACGGCUACCCGAGCCUGCUGCUGAACGCCGCCUUCCACCAGCAGAUGACGGCGGACAAGAUGAAGACCCUGGCGGCGGCCAGCAGCGUCAGCGCGAGCGCCCUCGUUCCGUCCACCUCCUCCUCCUCCAACUCCGCCACAGUGGGCUGCAAGUCGGAUCCCGCGAACGGGCCAGCGUCCUCCAGCGGCGCCGGACCCGCGCCCGGAAGUGGCCAGCGGCCGAAGAAGCAGUUCAUCUGCAAGUUCUGCAACCGCCAGUUCACCAAGUCCUACAACCUGCUCAUUCACGAGCGCACGCACACCGACGAGCGGCCGUACUCGUGCGACAUCUGCGGCAAGGCGUUCCGUCGGCAGGAUCACCUCCGGGACCACCGAUACAUCCACUCGAAGGAGAAACCGUUCAAAUGUCUGGAAUGCGGAAAAGGAUUCUGCCAGUCGCGGACGCUCGCGGUGCACAAGAUACUGCACAUGGAGGAGUCGCCGCACAAGUGUCCGGUGUGCAGCCGCAGCUUCAACCAGCGCUCGAAUCUCAAAACGCACCUGCUCACGCACACCGACAUCAAGCCGUACCACUGCAUCGCCUGCGGGAAGGUGUUCCGACGGAAUUGUGACCUCCGCCGGCACAGUCUCACGCACAACCUGGGUGCGACGGCGGGGGCGCCCGGGGCGGGCGGGGGCGCCUUCGACAUUGGCGGUGCGAACGUUGGCGCCACCGACCCGGACGCUGACCCCGACGCGGCCGAACUCAAGACGAUCGAUCUGAUGGCGCUGGCCGACGUGGACUGA